ACCAUCCAUCCGUAACACACAAACAGUGUAGGUGUAGCUCCCUAAACCUAGUCUCCGAAGAAUGUCCCGCACAGCGAAGGCAACUUUAUGUGCUUCCUUUUUCAUAUCCUCUCUCAUCAUAUGGGGUGUUCACUUCCAGCAGAAUCAGGAGCGUGAGAAUAUGUACAAAGGUGUGCUACGCGAUGACGAACGCAGAAAAGAGAAAAUGAAGAAAAGGGAAGAAGAAUUUCAAGCCUCCCUCCGCAAAAGAGAGGUUUAUGAACGGGUUCAAACGGUCGUCACAGGCGAUGCUACAGAAGACACAUAGCUAUCUACAACAUUGGCUCCUGCUCCUAGAAUCCUGCACUUCGU